AUGACAAACUCCCGUCCCACGCUCCAUCCACCUUCGGCACCUCAACACGAAAAGCACAAACCCAGCACCAGCACCAAACUCAACCUCAACAUCCAACACUUCGACGGUCUCGCAUCAUUGCGCCCUACGAGACACUUGCCAAGCAUGUCCUACUCCUUCUCCCUAGAAAUUCCCUCCACGGACUUCGCCGAGCCGAAAAUGCCCGCCCGCCUAAACUGGCUCGAAGUCUGCGAGGUCAGCUCCACGAACCCUGCGAACCCGCGUCCGCCCAAAUUCAACGCUGUCUACCAACAGCGGAAAGUACGCAUCAUCCGCACUCUGCAUCCGCGCGCCUUCUUUGUAAAGGACGAGCUGGGCUAUCCGGUCAAGAUCGUCAUGCCGCAGGACUACACUGCGCAAGUCGGAUAUGUGCACCUGUUCUACCCGGAAGACUGGGCGGAGUUGCCGAAGCCGCUGGGGUUGGAAGGCGUCAAGUGGCCGCCGAAGCGUGCGCAGGCGUUGUUGCGCGCGGACGGGAGCGAGCGCUGCGUGGGCUGCGAGAUGAAGACGAACGCAGACGAUGAUGUGUGGACGAGGGACUACGCACAGAUGUUGAAAGCCGGGCACAAGGUCCGCUUCCUCGCCCGCGACGGGCGGUGGACCAAGGGUAAAGUAUUACGGAACAUUUCCGUCAAGGAGAUGGUUGUCGUAGCUACCGGCAAAGACCUGAAAGAUGAAGUCGAAGUCCCCUGGCUCGCUAUCAAGCCUUCAGAACCGACUCCUUCCGAUCCUCAGCCGCAGCUGUGCAAGUGUAACAUCUCCCGCUGGCAUUCUUACAGUCAGCGCUGGCACAAGCACUUCGAGCUGCGCAUGAUCCCCUCCCCCACCGAUCCCGACACAACACGAAACGGAGAGAAGCUAGGCAUUGACUACAAGGAAGUAGCCGCAGCAGCCGUCAGCGUCUUCGCAAAGCACUACGUUCCUUCCAACCGCCCCAUCGGCGAACUCAUCGGCGUCCUCAAGCCCGAUCUGUCGCACUACUCGCCCUCCGACCCCGCAAUCCGCGACCGUACCGUCUCGCCACCAUCGCGCCGCUCAGAGGCAGAGAUACAGAAGUACCGGGUCUCUGUACCCAUCGGAGUGCUUCCUCCAGAAGAAGAGGCAGGCGAGAAUGCAGGUGGCGACGCCAUGGAUAUCGACAACGGCAACCUGACAGCACCAGACACCAUGGACCUAGACCAGCAACAGGAAGAGGGAGAGGGAGAGCAGCGAGGCCGCCGUCCCUGCCGCCGCGAACCCACAUACGCCCUCAUCGACAACUACGCCUUUGCCAACUUCACGCGCUUCAUCCGCCACUCGUGCAAUCCCACAGUUGAGCGCUACACCGCGCGCUACGGCAAGGUGCGCAUGGAAGUUUACUUCACGCGGCGGGCGGUCUACCCUGGCGAAGAGAUCACAGAGGACUUCGGGCUGGGGUACUUGCGCGCGAUUGGUGGUUGUGAGUGCGGGGCCGAGGGAUGUCAGUUGCCCAAGGCUCCUGCUGCGCCUGAGCCUGCGCAUGCGAAUACGGCGAUGUGA